AUGUUCGCGACUCGGCGGCCUGCAAGGGCCUUGGUGGCCCUGCUCUCUGCCAUCAGUCUUGUCCCAACAGUUUGCGCCCAGGAUCCGGUCCUCAUCAAUGGGACAGAUGCCGACGGUGUCUAUCGCGACGAUCUCGAUGUUAGUCGAACUCCGGCUCUUUACACGGGCGACUUUGGCGACUGUUUGAGUGGUGGAAGUUUGUUUAAUGUUACCGCCUUCGAUGCUGCGUAUUAUGCCGACAACCUCACGGUGGCCUUUCACUUAUAUGGAAGUUCCAAUAUUCGCCGUGAAAACGUCAUGAUGCACCUUUCUAUCCAAGUAUACGGCGAGGAGAGAUUCAACAAAACUUACGAUCCAUGCAAGUCCAACGUUACGACCCUCUGCCCACUCGAGGCUGGCGAAGGCAUUCAAGCAUAUAUCGCUACCGAGAUCUCGCCAGACGACAUUGCCGGCAUUCCGUCUAUCGCCUUGAACAUUCCCGACUUGGAGGGCUUUGCCCGGCUGCGGAUUUUUGCCAACUCGACACAGACCGAGAUAGGGUGUUUCCAGGCCACCAUGAGUAACGGACAAAGCUUCUCUCAGCCGGAGUAUGUGGGAAGUAUUGUGGGCGUCUUUGUCUUCGCGGCCGCCUUGGCCUCCUUCGCGACGGCCAUCUACGGUCUCCAGAUUCCGCACAUGAGGAUGCACUACGCCCACUCUUUCUCGAUAUUGGUCAUCUUUGAAACAUUCCAGUCCAUCUUCUUUUCAGGAGCACUGUCGGUUGACUGGCCUACCGUUCUGCCCGCCUGGUGGAGCAAUUUUGCAUGGACUGCUGGCAUGUUUGCGAGCGACAGCAUGGUUGAUGCCAUCAGCCCCUUUGCCGGUGUCACCGGGAACGCCAGCCAAGUUGGCUCUGCGGGAUCGGUUCCCAUCAAUAACGGAGGUGGACUGAAACAGCAGAUUUACGGUCGAUCACUUAUACGCCGGUCGCCCCUGCAUGUCGAUGAUGUCCUUCAGUCUCUUGCUAGGCGCAACGAGUUCAACGCAAGUGAUCCAUAUGAUUACACUUGGGCGGGAAAGCCACGCAAUCCCGGAAUGCCCCUCCCAGGUGAUUAUGGUGGUUUCGCAGGCACGCUCUCUCGUGUCAAUAUUCCCCUGUACGACGCGUUCAUCAUCGGCCUGAUCUGGCUUUGUGUCGUACUGGCCGCUGUUGCCAUCUUCGUUGUGACAGUCAAGCUGCUCCUUGACUUGUCUCGCAAGAUCAAGUUGAUCAAGACCGAUGGGUUCGACUUUUUCCGUUCUCAUUGGCUUGGAUACAUGGUGGCAGGUCUGCUGCGGACGCUCUUCAUUGCCUUCUUCACCAUGAUGACACUGACCACGUACCAAUUUACUUUGGGUGCGCCUGCAGGCCCGAAAGCUAUUGCCGCCGUUAUCUUCGCCAUGUUCCUUGGACUUGCUGCACUCGCUGCCUAUGCUUGCGCCGUCAGACUGCGCGAGGGCAAGUAUUCAGUCGUUUCCGACUCGAUCCGCUUUGAGGAAGGAAAACUAUUCAAGAAGGUGCCUUUCAUUGCGGCAACACUGGAGAGUUCGAUUGGCGAGGAGGAACAGGCCCAGAAGCCCAGACUUUUUGGCAGCAUGGCAGUCCGACGCAUCAAGUUCACCGACAACGACCCCAACCGAGCGAAUGUACACCAAGACGCGGGCUACAUCAAGCGCUUUGGAUGGCUCUCGGCGAGAUACCGACGCACGCGAUGGUGGUUCUUUGCUGUCUAUCUUGCCUAUCAGUUCAUUCGAGCGUGCUUUAUCGGUGGAGGUCGAGGAAAUCCGUUGGCUCAGGUCUACGGACUCUUCGUCUUUGAGGUGCUCGCCCUGGUUGCCAUUAUCAAAAUGAAGCCUUUUGAAGGAUCUCGCAAUGCCACGGCGGCGAUCUGGCUGUUGUCGAUCUCCAAAAUUGUCACCACUGGCUUCUCGAUUGCCUUUCUGCCUUCGUUCAACCUCAGUCGCAUCGUUGCGACAGUCUUUGGCAUGAUCAUCAUUGUGGUCCAAGCCUUCCUGGCCGUUGCGAUUCUGGUCUUGAUUGCCCUGGGAACGAUUUCGACGUGGAUGUCUCUGUCUCGCAACCGUGAAGAGUUUCCCAAGGACCUCGACCCGAUUCGAGUCCGAUACUUUGAGCACAUGGAAGUCCGAGCCGGGGACUUGCCCAAGUCGAAGGAAGUCGAGAAAGUUCCGGAGCCCCCCAAACCUACUUUCAGAGUCAAUAGUGUUCGACGCGAGCGAAAGGUCGUAGAGGACAACUCAUUCCCGAUGCUCGAAGGAACAGGAGGCGACGUUCCGGAUCAUCCAAUGCACCCGCUCAACCGGCGGAGUCGGGCAAACAGCGCCAGCUCUCGACACUCUGUUAACAGCCUGCCUCGCUCUGGACGCACCCACCGCGCUUCAUGGAGCUCCAAGGAUUUUGCAGAGUGGGAUGCUGAGAUGAACCGAGGAGAUACGGCACGGAUCAGUCGCAUGAGGAGCAGCUCUCUGCGUAUGCAGGCAGCGAGGUAUUCCGUUUCUCGACCACCGAUGACGCCAACUCGGGAGUCAGCCGAGUUUCCUCGCAUGAGCGUCAAUCUGAUGGGAUCCGAGGAUAAGGAGGUGAUUGCCGAGGACAAGAUUGAGGAGACGACCGACACACCAAAAAGGAGGAAGAGAACUGUGAGCUGGGCCGACCAAACAACGGCACCAGGCUCCUCCGAUUCCUCAGACAACACCAGCAAGGACAACACGAUUCAAGAGAAGGAGGAACCAAAGAAGAGCCAAGACGACGAGGUCAAGGCCAAAAUCGAGCCAUGA